AUGUCUUCGCCCCUUCCUAAACAAAGAGCGAAAUCUACCACUAAGUCUACUUUGCACUCUCAAAAUAAAACUACUUUGUCUACAUUUGACACUUAGUAAGAUGAUUUCAAAUUAAAUGAGUCUCACUUGAGAAAUAUUCUGUAUGAUUUUAACUCCUCCACAACUACUCAAGAAAAGCUAUGUCAAAUGAAAAAUUGUCUUAAUGAAUUGCCUUUAGAGAUGAUUAGGGAUGUAGCUUUCCUUCCUUAAGAGGAUGAUUCGAAUAUAAAAGAGCCAAAUACUUCUAAGGAAAUACUAUAUACAACUAAAGGCUUUACAAAUAAAAUGAAAAUCUCAUUUAUGAAGAUAAAGAGCUCGCUUAACCCUAAUAUUAAUGCUACUACGCUUUAAAAUUUCUUCAUUAAAACACAGUAAGAAAAUGACAGAAUAAAAUAAAAUUAUUCACAUAUAACGGUGGCUAAAGAGAUUUAAGAUUCUCCUUAAAUAUAAAGAAGUCUAACUCCUAAAGCCAAUCAGACCUUCCUCACUCCAUAAAACAAAAAAAUAAAUAUAAAAUUUAUAAAAACUUAAAAUCAGAAGAGCAAUCCUUUUAAGCUUUAGUUAACAGAGAAUAUUAAUGGAACUAAUAGAAGAAUUCACACCACAUAAAACGAUUGCAAAAUAAGACAAGCUUAGUCAAUUUUAGAAAUCGUUUCAGACCAUGAUAAAAUAUUAGACAAAACUAACUAAGAAAAGCAGAUGAAUUCUAAUACAAAUAUUUUUGACACUCCUUAAAACUCUUAUGAUAAUUCUAAAUCUACUCAAGAUAAAUCUACCUCAAGAAAUGUAUCUGCUAACUUAAAUAAAAAAUAUUAUGAUAUUGAAGACUCUAUUUAGAAGUUUGAAGUAGCAAACUAGUUUUAUGAUAUACCAGUUAAUUUAAAGUCAACUAAAAAGAAGUGUUUAAUUCCUAAUAAUUACAAUAAUAGCAGUAUGAUAUAUAAUAAUUAAGAUUAAAGUCUUUUAACGAGUAAAGCGAGAACAGUACGAAGUGUAUCUAAUUAAGCAGGAAGAGAUAGAUCUUUCAUAUAAAAUGAUCAUAUUAAUAACUCAUUCAGCAAUGCCUUGAAUAGUAACAAUAGCAACAAUAACUUUUACUAAACAAACAAAUUACCUAGUUUUUAUAAAAAUAAAGAGGCUAGUCCAUAAUAUAAAACAAAGCCAAAUUAAAUAGAUUUUGAAGAAAGUUAUUUAAAAUCAAAGUAAAAAACGCCAAUUAAAUCCAUAAAAUUAAGCUCAAGUCCGUAUAAAAAUACAGAACAAUAGUCAGAGGAGGAAAUCUCUUUCUUUUAAAAGAAAGUUAGAAGAAACGCUCUAAUUGACUUAAGGAAGCUAAAUCCAAAUAUUUAAAAAAUGACUUAAUAUUCUAAAGAUUUUUUACCUCCAUGGCUUCGUGCUCGCCCUGAUUUUUUAAAAUUAUAUUUGCAAGACCAAAUCAAUAAAAAUUUGAAACUACCUACUAUUUUUGUGAAAGACUACUCAUUAAGAACAAUGGCUGAAAAGCAAGAAACACACAAAUAUUUAAGCUCAAUCCCUUAAUUUUCUCAACUUGAGUCUGAUUUAGUUGAUCUCAUUUCCAAAAAGAUAAAAGUUGAAAUAUACUAUCCAGGAGACUUCAUAUAAGAAAUAAAUGAAGUCUGUUAAAAUAUAAUUAUUUUAUAUGAUGGGCAAGUUUCAAGAAUUUUUAAAGACCAGAAGGAGGAAUAAUUGGAAAAAAACAUAGCUUUAAAUACAACAUUUCUAAGAAAAUAAUUUUUUAAUUAAUUUGGCUUAAAAUCAGAAAAUAACUGCAUUAUAUUUACCCUAAAUGCUGAAGAUUUAUAAGAAAUCGAUAGUGAGUUUGCAUCUAGCAUUUCUAAUGAUUUUUAAAUUAUGCUUACUUUACAUGAUUUCUUCCAUAAAUAUGAACCUAAAACUCUUAAAUAAAUGUCUAUUUAAGCAAAAGGAAAACUUCUCUUCCCAGGAGAGAAUCUUUUUAAAAUUGGAGACCCAUCAAAUGAAAUUUAUUUUAUUUACUUCGGAAAGAUUGAAAAGAAAAAAGUUUUCUACACACAAGAAAAGAAUAGAUGGCCGAUUAAGAAAAAUAACAAUUUAAAAGACUCCUUAGAAAAUGGAGAGGAUUACCAUUUAUAAGAAAAUAAUUAUGGGUACAGAGUUUUCACAAAGAAUUUCACAAACUCUAAGUUUUUAGGUAAGACAGACUUUUUUGGUGAUUAAGAGACCAUCUAUGAAGUUGGAAGAAGAACUGAAGCCUCCGCUGUAGAGCCAACAUUUUUAUUGUGGUUAGACAGAUAAACAUUUUUGAAUAUUUUAAGUUUAGACGAUUUAAACUAGCUGUAUAAAUUUAGGGCAUAAAAACCAAUCAAACUAACACCUGAACAAAGCCCUGAAUAUUAUUUUAAGUUGGAGAAAAAAAAUAAAUAUCAAAAAGAAAGAAUAUUAAAUGCGUUAGAUGUAGUUUUUAAAUGUGAAAACAAUUUAUCUUAGUUAGAAAGGCUUGAAAAGAAGAUAGAACCAUUCAAAAAAUAGAUACUCACUAAAUAUAAUGUAAAAAAUAAGUUUAACACAACAUGUUAUAAAUGA